CGAUUUCUCCCUUCCCGCGCCUGGUUUGAAGAUGUCUGGCCGCGGCAAGCAGGGCGGCAAGGCACGCGCCAAAGCCAAGUCGCGGUCGUCGCGCGCGGGGUUGCAGUUUCCUGUGGGUCGUGUUCACCGGCUGCUCCGCAAGGGCAAUUAUUCGGAACGUGUUGGCGCCGGUGCUCCUGUCUACCUAGCGGCAGUGCUCGAAUACCUAACCGCCGAGAUCCUGGAGCUGGCUGGCAAUGCGGCGCGCGACAACAAAAAAACGCGCAUUAUCCCGCGCCAUCUGCAGUUAGCGAUCCGCAACGACGAGGAGCUCAACAAGCUGCUGGGCCGCGUGACCAUCGCGCAGGGCGGCGUCUUGCCCAACAUCCAGGCCGUACUGCUGCCCAAGAAGACGGAGAGCCACCACAAGACCAAGGGCAAGUGAGGCCGCGGAGGCGGACCAAAACGGCCGUGCGCUCGCGGCCCCGUGACACCAAAGGCUCUUUUCAGAGCCACCCACGGUCUCGAGAAAAGAGCCGCACUGAACGCGCAGCGUUUCCCUGACCCAGAGCCUCUCCGGGCGGACGGGUAGCAGGUGGGGAACCGGGGCCUGAUCUGGGCGCAUGGUGGUUUCCGCGUUUGCUGCCGGGAAAGCCUGCCCCACGCGUGGCCGCCCCUUGGCUUUUGGGUCUUGCUUCCAAGACAGAUGGACUUCAGCCCUGCUCACCGUCAAG